GGGAGCUCAGGGUUAGAGCUGGCGAGUUUGGGUAUGUCUGAUGGUGUUAACCUGGGAUGACCGCUGGGGCAAGUGCUUGGACGGCCGCAUCUACAUCCUCGCCGCCGUGGUGGUCGAUGUGGAGCUUGUGCUUGCUGAUCCAGAGCGGCUUCUCCCAGCGGCCGUCCAAGAGCUGAGUCAACAGCUGCAGGGGGAGCUGCCGCCCUCGGUGGCUUGCAUGAACAUCCAGCUGCUGCCGAGGCAGGGCGUUAGCAGCCGGCGCCUGCGCCUGGCCUUCGUGGGGGAUGGGGAUAUGUGCGCCCAGUGGCACCAGCGCCAGCAGCUGCGGCAGCAGGAGCUGUGCGGGGGCAGCGUCAUGGCCAGCUGGCAGCUCCUGAGGGACACCUCCAGCGUGGAGCACCAGCAAAGGCUGGCGGAGCUCUUGGCUUUGCACUCGGAGGCUGAGACGGGGGUGCUUUUGGACCUGCCGUUCAAGUGGAUCAAAAGCUGGCCGCAGGGGCAGAAGCAGUUCUCUCAGCAGCCCGGGUCACUGUGGUUCGACUUCCCGGCGCUUUGGGGGGCAGUGAGGGAGGCGGUGAUGUUCCAAGGCCGAGACCCCGCAGUCGUGCACUUACUGGUGCACUUCGCCUCCAGCGAGGGCGCCAAGACCAUGUUCGAGCUCCUGUCGGACCGGUACCUCUACAAUCCCUCGGCGGACGAGGACACAUUCCCCGUGCGCUGUGUGUUGGGCCAUGUGCCAGAUCUGCGGCAGAGCACGGAGGGGGGGUCUGGCGCUGCCACGGGCUUUGAGCUGCGGUGCCGUUCGGCUGACCCAGCAGUGCCGCAGGUGAUACCGAUCACGGGCCGCGUGACACUUGGGAGGGAUGCCGAGUUUGCGCAGGCAGUGCUGCAAAAGCCGCACAUCUCCAAAGCUCACGCGGUUCUUGAGCUGCACAACGGCAGGCUCUCAAUCCAGGAUACUUCGGUGAAUGGCACCUGGGUGAACGACCGCCGCGUGGCCAAUGGCGUCCGGGUGGAGCUCCAGCCAUUCGACAAGGUGUCCUUCCUCCCUGCGGCCAAUCCCGUGUACAAGGAGGCCUUGGUCUACGAGGUGUGGCCUUCAGAGGCCCGUCCUGACGCGCCCCCGCCCCCGCGCCCCACCCGCCAGGCGGUGCAGGCCCCGCCUCGGGAGGCCUCCCGCCGGGAGGAGGCUUCCGAUGUGAGGAUCAUCCGUGGCCCGACCAAGCGCCCGCGGCCACAUCGGCACUUGGCUGAGCCGGUGGUCGGCGGCUUGGAGCGGAAGCGGCCGCGAAAAGUGGUACAGAUCGAGGAUGAUGCCGGCCAGGUGGACGAGAGAGAGGAUGUCGUCAAGUGGGUACAGCAGCUUGACGGAGGGAGCUUGGUGGAGUACAUUCCGACCUUAACUGCUCGCUUUGACCAAGUGUCUCAAAUCAAGCAAUAUGCAAAUCGGAGACUAAAUGAGUUCUUCGAGGAUGUGAGGGUCAAAGAUCCCAUCCACAGGCUGGCCUUCGCAAGUGCUUUGCGGGCCUUGUCAAAAAGAUCCGACGUCAAGUUUGCCGCUUGCAGCUGGUUGGUCAAACGGCUUGCUGAAAUUUUCUUCCAAGAGCGGCCACCCUACGCCCCAAGGUUCAACCAGCCCUGUAGCUCCGGGAAAACUUACUAG